AUGUCCGUUUACAGCAAUUCCGAUUCAGCUGAAGUUGUAUUAAUAGUGGUCCAUUCUGUACUCGUCAUCGUAAAUAUUGCUGGAAACUCUCUGGUCUGUGUCAUCAUUCUGAGGAAUCGAGAUAUGAGGUAUGCGGACAAAAAAAACAGGUGCUUGAUUUUAGAGAGAAAAUGUGACGGCUUUUCGUUGGGACAAACGAAAUUGACGGUAUAUACGGGUGUCCGUAUUAAGCGGGUGACCUACUGUACCCUAUUCUUCAUGUACUUUCUGAGCAGCUCUAACAUACUGUCAAUGCUUUAUUCUACAGGACUUCACUCAACUAUCUUAUUCUUAAUCUGGCUGUUGCUGAUAUCACAACAGCCCUAUUUUUAUCACCAAAGUACAUAUUUUCCCACUUCAUCGCACACCCAGAAGGAGCAGCAGGCACCGCGCUCUGCAUUGCGCUGACUGGUGGAAUCAUUGGAUGGGUCGGCGCUGCCACUGGAGUAUUUUGUUUGGUUACUAUAGCUGUUGAACGUUACUACGCCGUGGUUUAUCCAUUUGAAAACAUGGAGGCGCUUAGUAAACGUAAACUUAAGGUGCGAUUAUUUCAAUUUAUCGUAAAUUGUAAUAGUACUACGUGUAUUCGUAUUUCGAUUACCUUAUAUCAAAAGCCAAAAGUUAAUUCUAGAAAUCAUCGCGCCUUGCAGACUAUUCAGUUUUAUGAAGCGUUUCGUAUGACACUGAAAAAUGGUUUCCUUAAGUGUUCGUUAUUUAUUUUAUCAGUCAAUAGAUGAUGGCAAGAUGAUGACCCUUUAAAUGGAGAAAAGUAUCUUUCGCGUGUUCGAUUAGCAACUCAGUAUCUGUUCCGCAUGUCUUGGAAAAUAAAUUUUCAGCAAUCUUUUUUUUUUAAGAGAGAUUAUUUUUGUCUGUUUGAUAGACUAAUCAAAUUUUUAUGUUCUUUUUUGUUUGUUGUUUUGUUUUGUUUGUUGUUUUGUUUUGUUUGUUUUUUCCAUGCGUAUAUAACCGUUUCAAGGUCAAUCGACACUCUCUCUUGACUAUCAGGCAAGCAGAUAACUGGAUGAUCUAAGGGCUUCGCGCAAACUGCAUGAUUCGUCUGCAAGGCAAUGCCAGAUUCUCGGGUGGCGAGUUAGAUCUUUACACUCAGCCAAAGAACAUGGCCAGUCAGAUUGUUAGCUUGACUAACUAAGAAAUAAAUAAAUUCUUCUUAAGACUAUACUGAUACAAAUAAUGAUAAUGAUGAUGAUGAUGAUGAUGAUGAUGACGAUAAUAAUACGUCAUCAUUAGACAGUUACUUGAGUCGGACUUAGAAUCAUUUCGGUCCUUUUUUUACUUUUUUAAAAAAAAUGACGGCAGUUUCAAGGAAUUUUUGCUUUCAACAAGCGACAGUUUGGAUGCUCUUCGUGAACUUAAUCAUAAUUGGUCAAGAAUUGAUAUCCAGUCUAGUCGCAGAUAUACAUGUAAAGCUAAACCAUUGGCUGAUAAGUAAAAGUAGCUAAAAGUAGCUUGCCCGCUGCUGAUAUGCUGAUUUGUGUGUGCUUCAUAAAAUAACCUUACCAUAAUUACUCCCUUGUUUUGCUUGAUAUUAAAACAGGUGAUAAUUAUUAGUACGUGGAUUCUAGGGAUUAUCUUGAAUAUUCCAUCGUUCAUGUACAGAAGAUAUAACGAAUAUUGGAAUUACUGCAUCAACACGUGGCCAAGAGAGUGGGUCGGCAAGGCCUACAGCCUUUAUUGGUUUUGUCUGGCAGUCCUCUCUACUUCUCUUAUGGCCAUAUUGUACUUCCGUGUGGUGUACACUUUGUGGUUCAAACAUGAGGACAGGAGAGAAAACAAUACGCAACAGAAGGUAAAAUGAUUUAAAAACAUUAUUGGGUAUGGAAUAGUAACCCAUAUGGGAACACCACAUAGUUGUCUUAUAUAUUAUACAGAUGAUGUUUAUCACUUAGUACAGGCUAUUAUGCAUAUUUCAAUGUACAUGACAUAAUUUAUAUAGGCAAGAGAUAGGUAGACUGUGUGAUAUGCUGACUCAGAGUAAUGCAAAUUCCUGAAAGUGCUUUAGCUCUACCUUCAGUUAAAGUAAUAGCAUUUCCAACGGUAUCUGCGUUUUGUUAUUUUAAAAAUAUAUAUGUUGAUGCUGUCUUAGUGUUAAACUGAACCAAGAAACUGCACUGAAAGAGCGCACGCUUGCAUGAGUUUCGAAUGAGUUCCCAAGGUACUUAAAUUUAAUCUUUAAACGGGAAUUUUUUCUGGGAACAAAAGCAUCAAGAUUUCUGCAGAUAGAUCAUGCUAACAACGUCGAAUACCCAGUAUAAUACACAAAGGAUAAAGACAGUGGCAGCAGUACAAACAUUUAAGAAACAGUAUAGCUUCGAAGCAUGCAUUGCAGCAGUGGCGGAUCCAUGGGAGGGACCUGGGGGGGGGCUGGGGCCCCCUUAUGUUUCGACCACAAUGAGGCCCGAAGGACCGAAAAAAAAAAAAUUUGGACACCGCCCCCCCAUUCACUGCAGCAAUGGCGGAUCCAGGGAGGGUCGCCCCCCGUUGUUUUUCGACCAAAAUGAGGCCCGAAGGACCGAAAAAAAAGUCUUGGAGUCCGGCCUCCCCCCUCAUCUCAGGGUCUGAUGACCACCCCCCCCCCUGUUCUGAAGGUCUGGAUCCGCCACUGUGCAAUAACUUGUGCGCGACGAAGGCCGCGCCGAGACUCUGAAUUCUGCAAACUUUUAAAACGUGAGAAGCUAAAUCGAAGUCAGAAAGUCUGUUUAAAGGUGAGUGAGUAGGCAUAAAAAUUACUUUUUUGGGUUUUAAAAAAAAUGCGCUUAAUUGAUGGCGGUCAUAGCCGGGUAACCCCAAUAACGGAAUUGCAACGCAAACUUCAUCUCUCUUGUGCCUGUCUAAUUGUUUGUUUUUGUUUUUUUUAAUAACAGGCGGUUCUGAAGAUGCGAAAACGAGCUACCUUAAUGGUCAUACUUGUCAGUGUUGUCUUUGGAGUGUGUUGGGUAACUGACAGGACCAACUACCUUAUGGUACAGUUUUAUUCCCAUACGGGUGCAUUUCUCUCCCUAACGGCAUCCAAUACGAUGGUCUUGGUCAAUUCUGCUAUCAAUCCAAUUGUAUAUGCAUUGGUCAACUAUCGUUUCAGAGAAAAGGCGAAGAGGAUGAUACAAGUUCGUUGCUGCCGCACAGCUGUUCAUCCUGCCGGUGGACUGCAGGUGAUGGCAUCUCAGUCACGCAGGGCAGGUGACAUCUCCAGUAAAUGUUAG